CCUACUUAUUCUCAGCGUUCUUCUCUCGUUCACACUCUUCGCAUUCUCCGCCACCUUCUCUCCUCUCUCUAUUCAUUUUCUUUUUCUUCUGCGCUCUUUCGCUUCAACGCACGCAGUAUCGCGAUGGCGGCAAAUGCACUUACCGGAAACUCCAUCUCUAUGCGCCCUCUCCUCUCUCAGCUGAAUCAAAUACCGGCAUGUAGUUUAAUUUCCAGCUCAAGUUCGGUUUUAACUUCCAGCUUUGGGCGGAGGAAUGUUUCUUUUAGCUUGCGGCCACGCUCAAUUCGCCUCACAGUUUCCUGUGCGGCUAAACAAGAGACAGUAGACAAGGUGUGCGCAAUAGUAAAGAAGCAGCUUGCUCUACCUGAUAGUUCUCCAGUUACUGGGGAGUCAAAAUUUUCAGCUCUAGGAGCUGAUUCUCUUGACACGGUUGAGAUUGUGAUGGGUCUUGAGGAGGAAUUUGGUAUUAGCGUUGAAGAGGAUAGUGCACAGAGCAUCACUACUGUUCAGGAAGCUGCAGACCUUAUUGAAGAGAUCAUUCAGAAAAAGUGAUAAACCAUGUAUACCGGAAGAUCUUGGUACACAUUGACUCAUUAUCAGAAUUGUUCAAUAUCUAUGGUGUGGGAUAAUUUUGUGUGUCGUGUUGUAGCUGUGUGAAGCUGCGAAAACAAAUUUGUCAACCCUAUUGUUUGUCGAAAUGAUAUGGAACCUUUAUAUUUCA